CCCCCUCCCAACCCCAGGCUGAGGCGUGAGGCUGCGAGCGCUCUCUCGCUUGGCUGCUUCUCUUGGCUCCGACGACCUGUAAUUAUGGGGCAGGAGCCGCGGACGCUGCCGCCCUCCCCCAACUGGUACUGCGCCCGCUGCAGCGAUGCGGUGCCCGGGGGCCUCUUUGGCUUCGCCGCGCGGACCUCCGUCUUCCUUGUCCGCGUGGGCCCGGGCGCAGGCGAGAGUCCUGGGACACCUCCGUUUCGAGUCAUAGGAGAGUUGGUGGGACACACCGAGAGGGUCUCUGGCUUCACAUUUUCUCAUCACCCUGGUCAGUACAACCUCUGUGCCACCAGCUCCGACGAUGGGACUGUGAAAAUAUGGGAUGUAGAGACAAAAACAGUUGUGACAGAACAUGCACUCCAUCAGCAUACGAUAUCAACAUUACAUUGGUCUCCUCGAGUAAAGGACUUAAUAGUAUCUGGGGAUGAAAAAGGAGUAGUUUUCUGUUACUGGCUUAACAGAAAUGACAGCCAGCAUCUCUUUAUAGAACCCAGGACAAUUUUCUGUCUUACUUGUUCACCUCAUCAUGAAGAUUUAGUAGCCAUUGGGUACAAGGAUGGCAUAGUGGUUAUAAUUGACAUCAGUAAGAAAGGAGAAGUUAUUCAUAGGCUUCGAGGCCAUGAUGAUGAAAUCCACUCCAUAGCCUGGUGUCCCCUGCCUGGUGAAGAUUGUUUAUCUAUAAACCAAGAGGAAACUUCAGAAGACCCUGAAAUUACCAAUGGGAAUGCUAUAGGACAAGCUCCAGGAACAAAUGGCUGCUACUUAGCCACUGGGAGCAAAGAUCAAACCAUUAGAAUCUGGAGCUGUUCGAGAGGCCGAGGGGUGAUGAUUUUGAAAUUGCCCUUUCUGAAGAGAAGAGGAGGGGGUAUAGACCCAACUGUUAAAGAGCGCCUUUGGUUGACACUCCAUUGGCCCAGCAAUCAGCCGUCACAGCUGGUAUCUAGCUGUUUUGGAGGUGAGCUGUUGCAAUGGGAUCUCACUCAGUCUUGGAGACGGAAAUACACCCUCUUUAGUGCUUCAUCAGAAGGGCAAAAUCAUUCAAGAAUUGUGUUUAAUUUAUGUCCUUUACAAACAGAGGAUGACAAACAGCUACUACUUUCUACAUCAAUGGAUAGAGAUGUAAAAUGUUGGGACAUGGCCACCCUGGAUUGCUGCUGGACCCUGCCUUCCCUUGGUGGGUUUGCGUACAGCCUGGCUUUCUCUCCUGUGGACAUAGGCUCUUUGGCCAUAGGUGUUGGGGAUGGCAUGAUCCGUGUAUGGAAUACACUCUCCAUAAAGAACAACUAUGAUGUGAAAAACUUUUGGCAAGGUGUCAAGUCCAAGGUUACAGCGCUCUGCUGGCACCCAACCAAGGAAGGUUGCUUAGCUUUUGGAACUGAUGAUGGAAAAGUAGGAUUGUAUGACACCUACUCCAACAAGCCUCCACAGAUUUCUAGCACAUAUCAUAAGAAGACUGUAUAUACUUUAGCCUGGGGGCCACCAGUACCCCCGAUGUCACUUGGAGGAGAAGGAGACAGACCUUCCCUUGCUUUAUACAGCUGUGGAGGAGAAGGGAUUGUCUUACAGCAUAACCCUUGGAAGCUUAGUGGAGAGGCCUUUGACAUCAACAAACUCAUCAGGGACAGCAAUUCAAUCAAAGUGAGUUCUUCUUAUUCCAGAACAAUAGAAAUAUUUCAGGUUCCCAACUUGAAACUGAUCUGUACUAUCCAACAGCAUCACAAGCUUGUGAAUACCAUUAGCUGGCAUCAUGAGCAUGGCAGUCAGCCAGAGCUGAGCUAUCUGAUGGCCUCUGGCUCCAAUAAUGCAGUCAUUUAUGUGCACAACCUGAAGACUGUCAUAGAGAGCAGCCCUGAGUCUCCAGUGACCAUUACAGAGCCCUACCGGACUCUCUCGGGGCAUACAGCCAAGAUUACCAGUGUGGCGUGGAGCCCACAUCAUGAUGGAAGGCUGGUAUCUGCUUCCUAUGAUGGUACAGCCCAGGUGUGGGAUACUCUCCGGGAAGAACCCCUGUGUAAUUUCCGAGGACAUCGAGGUCGACUGCUUUGUGUGGCGUGGUCUCCUUUGGAUCCAGACUGCAUCUAUUCAGGGGCAGAUGACUUCUGUGUGUACAAGUGGCUCACUUCCAGGCAAGAUCAUUCCCGGCCUCCUCAAGGCAAAAAAAGUAUUGAAUUAGAGAAAAAACGACUCUCUCAACCUAAGCCAAAGCCCAAAAAGAAGAAAAAGCCCACCUUGAGAACUCCUGUAAAGCUGGAAUCGAUAGAUGGGAAUGAAGAAGAAAGCAUGAAGGAGAACUCAAGACCUGUUGAGAAUGGUGUGUCAGACCAAGAAGGGGAGGAGGAAGCACGGGAGCCAGAAUUACCCUGUGGCCUGGCUCCAGCGGUUUCUAGGGAACCAGUUAUCUGCACUCCAAUUUCCUCAAGCUUUGAAAAGUCAAAAGUCACCAUUAAUAACAAAGUCAUUUUACUGAAAAAGGAGCCACCUAAAGAGAAGCCAGAAGCCUUAGUCAAGAAGAGAAAAGCUCGUUCCACGCUUCCCCUGAGUACAAGCCUGGACCACAGAUCCAAAGAGGAGCUUCAUCAGGACUGUUUGGUAUUAGCAACGGCAAAGCACUCCAAAGGUACAAAAAUGUACUUCCUUGGCCCGUCCAUAGCUGGCUACCACGUGUGGCUCUGGGCUGUGGAAGCUUUUGCCAAACAGCUGUGUUUUCAGGAUCAGUAUGUCAAGGCUGCUUCUCACCUACUUUCCAUCCACAAAGUGUAUGAAGCUGUGGCACUGCUCAAGUCAAACCAUUUUUACAGGGAAGCUAUUGCAAUUGCCAAGGCCCGGCUGCGCCCAGAGGACCCAGUCCUGAAGGACUUGUACCUCAGCUGGGGAACCGUCCUAGAAAGAGAUGGCCAUUAUGCCAUAGCAGCCAAAUGCUAUUUAGGGGCCACUUCUGCUUAUGAUGCAGCCAAAGUUUUGGCCAAAAAGGGGGAUGCAGCAUCACUUAGAACGGCUGCAGAGUUGGCUGGCAUCGUAGGAGAGGAUGAGUUGUCUGCUUCCCUGGCUCUCAGAUGUGCCCAAGAGCUGCUUCUGGCCAACAACUGGGUGGGAGCCCAGGAAGCCCUGCAGCUGCAUGCAAGUCUACAGGGUCAGAGAUUGGUAUUUUGCCUUCUGGAGCUACUGUUCAGGCAUCUAGAGGAAAAGCAGCUUUCAGAGGGCAAAGGCUCCUCCUCUUAUCACACUUGGACCACAGGCACCGAAGGGCCUUUCAUGGAGAGGGUGACUGCAGUGUGGAAGAGCAUCUUCAGCCUUGACACCCCUGAGCAGUAUCAGGAGGCCUUUCAGAAGUUGCAGAACAUCAAGUACCCAUCUGCUACAAAUAACACGCCCUCCAAACAGCUCCUGCUUCACAUUUGCCAUGACUUGACCCUGGCAGUGCUGAGCCAGCAGAUGGCCUCCUGGGACGAGGCUGUGCAGGCGCUCCUUCGGGCAGUGGUCCGGAGCUAUGACUCGGGGAGCUUCACCAUCAUGCAGGAAGUGUACUCAGCCUUUCUCCCUGACGGCUGUGAACACCUAAAAGACAAAUUGGGUGACCAUCAAUCCCCUGCCAUACCAGCUUUCAGAAGUUUGGAGGCAUUUUUUCUUUAUGGGCGUCUGUAUGAAUUCUGGUGGUCUCUCUCCAGGCCUUGCCCAAAUUCCAGUGUCUGGGUAAGGCUUGGUCACAGCACACUCUCUGUUAAGCCAAGCCAGCAGUUAGACACUAUCAGCACUGAAGAAACUGACCCUGAAACUUCUCAGCCAGAGCCAAGCAGGCCUUCAGAACUAGACUUGAAACUCACAGAAGAAGGUGAGCGAAUACUGAGCACAUUUAAGGCGCUCCUUUCAGAAAAGCAUGCCAGUCUCCAAAACUCACAGAGAACUGUUGCUGAAGUCCAAGAGACCUUGGCAGAAAUGAUCCGCCAACACCAGAAGAGUCAACUCUGUAAAUCCACAGCAAAUGGUCCUGAUAAGAGUGAACUGGACCUAGCAGCAGAGCAGCCCCUCUCCAGUUCUCAGAGCCAAUGUAAAGAAGAAAAAAACGAGCCACUUUCUCUGCCUGAAUUAACCAAGAGGCUUACAGAGGCAAAUGAGAGAAUGGCGAAAUUUCCUGAGAGUGUUAAGGCCUGGCCCUUCCCAGAUGUGCUGGAGUGCUGCCUCGUCUUGCUUCUCAUCAGGUCCCACUUUCCUGACUGUCUGACCCAGGAAAUGCAGCAGCAGGCCCAAGAGCUCCUUCAGAAAUACAGCAACACUAAAACUUACAAAAGGCACUGCCAGACCUUCUGUACAUGAAUUUUCACAACCUUGAAGAAACUGCCAAAUUGAAAAUGUUUGACACCUUUCACUUCUGCAGUUACACCUCAUCAGACAUUCACUCUGGUCCCUGAUGUUUUUGCAGUAAUCCAAAAGAAUACAAAUGAGGGUUAAGUUUGAAUCAACUCUACGUAGCAAUAGACACAGUGGAUCUGACUUUAGAUUCAAUUGUAGUCUCCUCCUGGAGGGAAGAUCAUGAAAAGCUAGCAGCUGUUACUGAGAACAAACACCUGCAGAGUGUUGGUCAUCUCUAAAGCCUUAUGCAGGUUUCACCCAAAGAGGAGAAACUUCUGUCAUCACCUAAAGUGUUAUGUGCUUAAAACACAAGCUACCUUUAUAAAUACUUCAUCUGAUCAGAAACAUGUCAUGCUUGAGAUGGAGUUGCUGCAUUUUAUGACUACCUUUUUAAAAUUGUUUUUAUAAUAUUUAAUUUGAAAGAAGAGAACCUUCCCCCUCUACUCUUUCAUAGAUUGAAGUUUGAAUAUGAAAUAGGCCUUAACCAUCAUGUUGACUCUCCUGUCUGAAUUUUAGGUUGGAAAUUUGGUUUUUUUGUUUUAUGUAAUUGCUUAUUUGAACAGAUCACUUACUAAAGCUUUGGAAGAAGUGAUUCAAAUAUGUGUUUUCCCUUCAGUUUUGUAAGAAAUGGAUUGAUGGCAGUGAAAUAGCUUAGGCAUAAAUUACUGUUUUAAUGGUUCUUAAACUUUCUUGGAUCAUAGGAUCCUUUUGAGAAUCAGGUUAAAGCCAUGGAUACUCUUUGGAGAAAAAUGUAUAUUCCUAAUUUUGCAUAGAUGACCUUUGGAUUAUUGGACUCCAACUAUUGGGACCCUAAAUACUUUUUAAUUACAAAUCUUUUUUCUCUCCUCCUUCAUUAUUUAAACAGUUGAACAGUGUCAGGAACAGAUAUUUCUGUAAUAUCACAGUUGCUAGGGUUGGAAAAUCAGAAUCUGACAUGGGUGUGGAAAGAAGCACUUCUUCCAGAUAAUUGAACUGUUUUCCUCUGGGAUUCACUGUGAAGGCUUUUCUGCUCAA